AAAAAAUCGCCUAUCUUGCCGGUUUUCGGGAAAUGAGCAUCUCACAAUCGUUGCUAGAUUUUACUCGGCCUGUUGACCGAUUAAUUUGCUUUAUAAAACUUUCAUCUUGUCAUCAUUGUGAUUUCUGGUUUUUUGCCAAGCCAUGAUAAAAUCUAAAGAAAUCAAGAAUGAACAACACGAUUUGGGAUAGGAACCACCAUUCCUGUAUCCCUAGAAAUUGGUGGUAUACACAGACUGACCUGCCAAACUGAUUUGGAUUGAGAUUUUUAUCGGGUAUCAGGGAACCAUGUGAUUAUAAAUUAGACUUGAUCAAAACGGGCCAAAACUUGAAAUUCAGUCUGUUUGACAGACCCAUGCAAAACUCUAAUUAUUCUUUACUUUUAAACUUUCUAUUUGAAAAUAAAAAAUAAUGAAAGAAAAGAGAUGACUGCAAUUUGCCAUUUGCACAUCAUUGAUUCGGGAAUAAAACUAUAGAAUUUCUAAAGGAAACUGAAAAUGGUUAGGAUCGUUUUAAUGUUAAAAAUAACCAAAUAGAUCUUUCUGUUUAGUUUUUUACUAACAAAUACCAAACGAUUAACUAUAAUAUAUAUUUGUAAUAUAUAUUUGUUAGUUUUUAUUAACAAAUACCAAACAAUUAAUUACAUAAUAUAUAUUUGAAAUGAUAAAAAUUGGACUAAUUGGGUUGGUCGAGGUUGAACCAUUGAAUAACUUUAAAAUACAUUAUAUUUUAGCCACUAAGAUAUAAAAUAAUAGCAUAAUAUAUAUUAUGCUAGAGAAAAUAGCUUGUUUUAGAAUGGAAAACCCAUGAUGUUCAUUUGUUUUACUUGAUGGGCAAAUCCCGUGUAGGUCAGACCCAUUCAACUCUUUUAUUUUAUGAUUAGCGGUUAGCCCAUUAGAAUCCAUGCAUUAGUUUUGUUUGAACCUAACUGAGUGUAGGAGUGAGAUUCACGUAAAGGGGGUCGAGGAGAAUGAGCAACAGGAAUCAACCCAGAACUUCGGAAGGAAAGAAGGAAAGAAAGGAAGGAUGGAAUUGAGAGAGUGACUUUUAGAGAGAGAAGUGUGUUCUUUUCUUAGAGAUAGAGUUUCCAAAAAUCGAUCCCCCCACCCACCGGAGUAAAUGCCCUAUUUAUAGGCUACAUGGUGGUGGGUGAGUUACAUGGUGACAUGACCACUGACAUGUCAGAAGACUAGACCAUACCUCUACCUAGGACAAGUACAUUUAGCCUUUUAUUAUACCUAAAACUAGGACUAUGAUGUGACUAGUCGAUGGGUGGAACGCGGCAUCGUUUUCGCACACUCGCUAAUUUGGUCAACGCUGGACUCGAACGUCGUCGUUUGGUGUUCGGGCUGUCUUCGGUCGUGUCGGUGCUGAUGCGCCCGACUCUCUUGGUGUUGGCGCUCACCGGUGUGUUUACUCGCGUCGGUGUUGAUGCGCAUGACGCUCUUGGUGGUGGCGCUCGCUGGUGUGCCUUUCUGGUCGCGUCGGCGCUAACGCGCCCCACUCCUCUGACGUCAGUGUUUCUUUGGCGCGGCGGGAUCCGAGUCACAUGCCCAACAAUUGCCCCCCAUCAGGGGGUGUUCCGCGAACACCGCCUGUUUGACUUCCGCGCGAUUGACUCGGGUCCGCGUGAUCUUCUUGAGCGUUUUAGGAUUGGCAUCCUCUGAUUUCCGCGCGAUCUUCGUAAGUUUUUUUAGGGCUGACACCAUUCGGUUUCUGCGCGAUUGACUCGGGUCUGCUUGAUCUUCAGGAGAUUUUUUGGGCUGGUGGUUUUUAUUAUUGCGCGCGAUUGCCUUGUCUGCGCGUGACGCUUUCUACUAAGCUUGGACUUUUGAGGGUGUUUUUUCUCUUCGUGGGUGUGCCGUGCCCCCCAGGCGAUGCGCAGAGCUUGUGAUGUCAUCAUCUAGUGCCUAUGCCUAUGUUAGGUGUCCACGUGUCGUUGUAUGGGUGGUCCGUUGUGGCGGUUGUUUUGAAAUUCAAAAAGGCUCUGACGGUUGCGUUUUUCGAAGCAAAUUUAACUGUUCGACUUUCCUCUCUCAGGUAUAAAUAGUUAGCCAUCGG